UCUAGGCCUAAAAAUUAAAAAAUGGCUGAGAAACUCUUUUCGAAAAAAAGUUAUUAUUUAUGAUCAUGACGUUACUACGUGACAACUAUGUAUACAACAUGGUCGACAUCGAAGUCGACAGUCUUUAAAUUAUUCAUUAAAGAAAUUCUUUGAAGAACAUUUCAUCAUGGAGGAUAUGUACAUGAAUGAAGCUAAAAAGAUGAUAGAUGGCUUCAUUGAUUUGGCCUUUCGUAGACUGGAAACAAGUAUGUCAGACAGGGAAAAGUCAUUCGAAUCUAUCAAGCAACUUCACAAGUCACGUGAUCAAAAAGUUCAAGAGGAUGAAAACUACACAAUUGAAAACAUUGAAUGGUUAACUAUUGAGGAAUUCACAGCUGAAAAGGGUGAAAUGAAAAUCCGAGAUUUUAUUAAGACAUGGGAGUUUGAAAAUUGUUGGUUAUACUGUGUAGAUUUCCUGAGCGAAGAAGACCAUGAAUUUGACAGGCGCUACUAUUACCGUGUAAAGUGGAGCAUCCCAACUCGCCGCAAGCCCAUUCCUAGAGCGACAGCUUCAGUCUAUUUUACUUUUGUGGUGUCAAAAAUUAGACCGCCGAAUGACCCUGCUGAAGUCUUUUAUGUAUUUGAAACAAACAGGUUGAUCCAUAAGCCUGGGCUGUCACGUUUUAGGGAGAUGUGGCUUAAGGAUAUCAUAGAAAGCAAAGUAAAGAUGAUUAAUGCAGUGACUUUUUAAUGUCCGACCUGCCUGCUUGUGGUUUAUGGUGCAUAUUUAACAGCUGAACAAGUUAUGAAAACAAAAGAGCUUAGAGAGAAUUUCGGAGAAAAAAAUGUUAAUUCUUAUGUUCUUCACAUGUAAGAAAGUUACAGAUGGUGGGUGAUGUUGGCAGAAAACUAGAAUUAAGAUAGUUAAAAUUGUUACAAAUUGUAGCAACCAAGACUAAUUGAGUCAGUAAAAGAGUGUAUUUUUAGUCCUUGUAUAUACUAUAGCUACAAAAAACAAAGAAUGCUAAUUUAAUUCUACUGAAAUUUUUUUUACCUGCCCUCCAAGUAUUAUGAAUUUAAUCUUACCAGAUGUCGUGUACAAAAGGUACACAAAUUAACAACCAAUUAAAAAGUUGAUUAUGUUGUUAUAAUCACAAUAGUUUGGUUGUUAAAAUAAUUGUCAUAUAAAUUAUGUUCUUUUGGUCUAGGAAGAGUUUCAUCCUUGCAGUCUAUGUCAAUCAUUUAAUUUAAAAUACUAUCUCCAAAUGGGGCUGACAUUUUUUUUUAAUGCCUUUACAGAACAUUAUGUUGCUUUUUGAUAGACUUAAAUAUAUAUAUAUGAGUUUUAAUUUACAAUAUAAUUUGUUGAUGAUUUAUAACAAAUUUUAGUUUUUAAAAUUUUUGUAUUAGGGUGUAAAGUUUUGUUUCUAUUAUCAGUAAAAGAAAGCAAAGAUUUACCAUACAUACUUAUAAGCCUUAUUUCAAAUUAUUUUUUUGUGGUUUGCUUUAAUACUCAACAUAAAGCACAUGCUAAAGUUUUGAGAGUGAUUGUCUAAAGUAUUUUUACUUAUUAAAGCAAGUGAUACAUUUUAA